GGUGCGAGCGGGUGGGCGUGUGUGAGGCGUGGUCGGAGGGGGGAGGGCCCGGCUGGCCGUCGCUCCUCCCCCUCUUGCCCCUCCUGGGCCGUGUGGGCCGGGCAGCCAUUUUGGGAAGAGCUUUGUUAUGGUUGUGGGCUCUCCACCUUUGCGGGAUCAGGAAGCUGGGGACGCGCCCUCAGACGCCGCGUAUGCUCCCUAUCUGUAGCCCCGCUACUGCCGGCAGCUGAAUCUUUUGAUAUUGGUCUUCUUGCAAUUGGUGUCUUGAAGAGUCCUUGCUAGGUGAAAAGAAAGUGAUAGAUUCCUGUGGCCUUUAAAUGAUUGAAAAAUGAUGGAAAUGGAUCCAAAAUAAAAAGUGACUACUCUACUGAAGCAGUAGAAGAUUCUUCAUAGUACCCUCCAGCUCAGUUCAGUCUUCAGGAGAGGCAGAACAAGUGAAAUACAGCAAACUGAAGAGAGAAAAACCUCAGCGUUGGAACUGUUUUACUCCUUAACUACUCCUUAACUUCUUUCCUUCUGCUUGUUUUAAUUUUGCUGUGAAUUUAUAAAUAGUGAAGACCAAAGAAAUAGAAGAUACAUUUGGGAGCUUUAUAUAACAAAGAAAUUUGCCUUGAGAGCUGCUAUUCUUUAGAGGGAAACAUAUAUCAAAUUCUUGUCUGAUUAAAAACAAACAAGAUUUCUUAUGCCCUUAGAUUUUGAAUAUUAAAACAGAUAUAAAUAUCUGCAUACUUUUUAGCAGCUGUGUAGGAAUAAUGAGAUUUGUAAAUUAAGGACUUUGUCGUGUGGAUGUUUUGCCUUUAGAAUUGAUUGUUCAGAAGAUCUUUUAUAACUCUUUAAUGUUAUAUUUUUGACUAUUGCUUUGAUGGCAUUAUUUGCCCACACAUGAGUUAACCUGUCUUUCUAGCUAUGACCUUGUUAUGAACAGUGUUUGCACUCAAUGUGCAGAUGUCCAUGUAUUAUCUAUUUAAACAACAUCAUAGUGCCGUCACUCAAGGAAGUUGAAUGAGGUGAACGUAGACACAGCUCUUUCCCCUUCCCCCCAUUUUUUAAAUGUAACAAAUACUUUUUAUGUUCCCCUUCCCCCUUCCCCUUUCCCUUUCCCCUUUUUGGAAACGUGUCAGGAAUUAGAUAGUUAAAGAUGAGCAAUUGAGGGGACUGAGAGUGAUCCACACAGAGUCUGGCUUCCUUGUGCUUUAUCACAAGGCGUGCUGCUGGCCAGCCUAUUUAAGCACCCUUUUAACAAGACAACCUCGUGGGAAAUCCAGCUGGCAGACUCAAGGAGUUUGGGAAACAGGACCACAGAGGUUACACUCUGGGAUCCUGGCCAUGAGGUUGGAUGCCUCACCUUGCUGAAAAGAGACACUGGACCUAAAUGGCGCAGCAUGACUUUGUUCCUGCUUGGCUAAAUUUCUCAACACCACAGUCAGCUAAGUCACCUACAGCCACCUUCGAAAAACACGGAGAACACCUACCCCGAGGAGACCGUAGAUUUGGAGUAAGCCGUCGUCGACAUAAUUCCUCUGAUGGCUUUUUUAACAAUGGACCUCUACGAACUACAGGAGAUUCCUGGCAUCAGCCCUCCCUGUUCCGCCACGAUUCUGUGGACUCUGGUGUCUCUAAGGGAACAUAUGCUGGAAUCACAGGGAAUCUAUCUGGUUGGCAUGGCUCCUCCCGAGGUCAUGAUGGCAUGAGCCAGCGUAGUGGGGGUGGCACAGGGAACCAUCGCCACUGGAAUGGCAGCUUCCACUCCCGGAAAGGCUGUGCCUUUCAGGAGAAGCCACCUACAGAGAUUAGAGAAGAAAAGAAAGAAGACAAGGUGGAAAAAUUACAGUUCGAAGAGGAAGACUUUCCUUCUUUGAAUCCAGAAGCUGGCAAACAGAAUCAGCCAUGCAGACCUAUUGGGACCCCUUCUGGAGUGUGGGAAAACCCACCUAGUGCCAAGCAACCUUCCAAAAUGCUAGUCAUCAAAAAAGUUUCCAAAGAAGAUCCUUCUGCUGCCUUCUCUGCUGCAUUCACCUCACCAGGAUCUCACCAUGCAAAUGGGAACAAAUCGUCAACCAUGGUUCCAAGUGUCUAUAAGAACCUGGUUCCUAAGCCUGCACCACCACCUUCCAAGCCCAGUGCAUGGAAAGCUAACAGAAUGGAACACAAAUCAGGAUCCCUUUCCUCGAGCCGGGAGUCUGCUUUUACCAGUCCAAUCUCUGUUACCAAACCAGUAGUACUGGCUGGUGGUGCAGUUUUAAGCUCUCCUAAAGAGAGUCCCUCCAGCACUACUCCUCCAAUUGAGAUCAGCUCCUCUCGCCUGACCAAGCUGACCCGCCGAACUACCGACAGGAAGAGUGAGUUCCUGAAGACUCUGAAGGAUGACCGGAAUGGAGACUUUUCAGAGAACAGAGACUGUGACAAGCUGGAGGAUUUGGAGGACAACAGCACACCAGAACCAAAGGAAAAUGGAGAGGAAGGCUGUCAUCAAAAUGGUCUUAGUCUCCCUAUAGAGGAGGAAGGGGAAGUCCUCUCACAUUCUCUGGAAGCAGAGCACAGGUUAUUGAAAGCAAUGGGAUGGCAAGAGUAUCCUGAAAAUGAUGAGAAUUGCCUCCCCCUCACAGAGGAUGAGCUCAGAGAGUUCCACAUGAAGACAGAGCAGCUGAGAAGAAAUGGCUUUGGGAAGAAUGGCUUUUUGCAGAGCCGCAGUUCCAGCCUGUUCUCCCCGUGGAGAAGCACUUGUAAAGCAGAGUUUGAGGACUCAGACACGGAAACCAGUAGCAGUGAAACAUCAGAUGACGAUGCCUGGAAGUAGGCAUAUAAAUGUUCACAAAUCUGACCCAGGAAACUCAGCUUGUGUGUUUAGAGAGUAUACAAAAGAAAUUGUUCUUUUCCUUUUCUUAUGUUGUUGUUGAAUACUUCAUGCACAAGGGAAAUAAUCAUAUCCCAAAGAGAGAGCAAUUGGCUUGUUUAGCUUUUGUUGUUGUUCUUCCCUGUUAUCUGCUUAAUAGAGAGAAGUUUGUGUGAUGGGAAAAAUUUUUUAAAUACACACACACAGACACAGUAUAUAUGGGGCGAUGCACAGGUGGGAGCUGGCAGUGCAGAGAGGAGGAAACACCGGUCUGCAGCAACAGCUUCUACUACCAGCCCUUGGGGCACUCACCCCUGUGCUCAAGCAAUCAUUGUCAAUGACAAAGUGACUAUUGAAGUUAUAAUUGUAUUAAAUUAAUGCUAAUAAUUUGGAUAUUUUAUUUUAUUUUUGGCUGCUCGGGUAACGAUAGCCCUUAACCAAGCAUACAUGGUUUUCUUUUUCUUUCUUUCUUUUUUUUUUUUUUUUUUUUUUCCUUUUUGGGUACAGCUGUAAAAUAUUUGGAUAUAGGAAAUGUGUUAUUCUUGCAGCCUUGAUAUUCAGGGUGGAUUGUAAAAUAUAAAUUUUUGUGAGAUUUCAAAGAUUAUUUUGAUAACAUUAUUUACAGAUUUAAAAGAUGUGGUUAUCACAAGUCUGUUGAGGGGGAAAACUACUGCAUAAAAUAACUAACUUGGAAUAAAUAUUUUGCAUCAGUUUGGA